CAAGCGAAGAGAGACACCAUGAAGAUCACUACUCCGAGUUCCGCCUUAUGGCUCUUGGUCUCUGCUGCUCUGCUCAGUUGUACUCGUAGCGCUGCUCUUUCUUCUAAUUAUGAGCCUCUGGUGUUCUCAUCAUCGGAAUUGAUCAAGGAGGAAAACUUACCACGGCUGGCAGAAGCCCUAACCACAACUGGGUUGGUUGCCAUUACUACCACAGCAACAACAACAGCAACAACAACAAAGCAAGUAGCCCUGAAUGGUUUGUGUGGGUGCCAAAACAAAAUUAAAGAUGAAAAGUCGUUUCAUGAAUUGAAAGGGGCAGACACUGUUCUAUUGGGUGACGGACAGACCGUUCGCAGCACCCUGGCCACUGCCACAGUGGGGUUCAGCCCUUUGCCUCUUGAUACCCCAGAACUAGCUGCGCAAUGUGGGGAGGACACGGUCCAGGCCAUGGAGACUCUCAGGGACCAGGUGGCACAAACAGCCACAGUGUUCCUCAGUGCGGUGGACAACCUACUCCUGCAGGCCAAGCGACAAGAACUAUACACAUCUUCCUACCAGAAACCUUUGAUCAAGACUUCUUAUGGAGUCACUUACAACUCAAUUUCUUCCAUUGUAAAGGCAGCCACCAAUUUGGAACACUUCCAUGUCUACUCCAAGAACAGCUCCUCAUUAUUAUCUGAGAAUCAUAGCCAACACGAACCUGCACUGCAAGUGCAUAGUGAUGCAGGGCUCUUUCUAGCCUUUGUUCCAGCUCAUUCCUGUAACUCCGAUAUGGCCACAGGUGCAGAUCAAUCUUUCCUCAUCAAGGAUCCAGCCGAUGGACAACUGAAACCAGUUGCAUUCCCACCCAAUUCGAUUGCCAUUAUGCUGGGAGCAGGGGCAGAACAGUGGCUCAACACUCCAGACACUCUUCCUUUGAAAGCAACAAGACAUGCUGUACACAUGCAAGCUGGACAAAGCCGCGCUUGGUAUGGAAUGAUGCACCUGGUGCCAGAAUCUGCCAUUGUGGAGCAAACAGCAUCAGGCCAAGCCAGAACCUUUGGGGAUAUGAGACAAGCCAUGGUACUCAAAGGGCAAACCAAGACCAGUCGCACCUUUGGAGAUAUUUCCAGCAACAGUGCUGGCGAUGUUUCUAUUGGCUGUGGCUUUUCGAGCGAUGAUACUCCUGCUGGAACUCACCAAGACUUCUUGAGUACUGCCACCACUACCACAACAACCCCAAGACGUCGUUUACAGCAUGUCGAAAAUGCAGCCGCGUGCAACAACAAAACCGAGUUUUACUGUUGGAUGAGCUGCUUGGAUAUACCCAAUGCCGACAAUGCCAAUGGGUAUAUCAGUGAGAAAUACGGAUUAUACUGCCUGGAUCCUGCCGUGUUGGCUGCCACAGGACAGGUUAGCAAGGCGGUCGAAACCUGUACGGAGGGUGGAACGGUUGGCGGAGCCAUGAACACAGCUUGUGUUGGCAUGUGGCAGCCACAAGCACCCAAUGUGCCCUCACAGGAGGUUGUUGUGGAGGCAAAUUCGAAUCAAACAGAAUCAGAUGAACCGUGGUGCUACGGUGGUACCAGCAUGUAUAUGGAUGGAUUCAAUUGGGUUGGCUCUACCUGUGCCAUCUACCUGUUUCCAAGCAUUAUUCUGGAGACCCCAGGCGCUCUUGUCUUGGCCUGUUUCUUUACUAUAUUGUUUGGCAUGUCACUCGAGUUUGUGAUUCAACAACGGCGUGUCACGGUCAGAAAAUAUGGACCUGGAAUGUCUCGACUGGCCGUUUCGGCCACCUUCUAUGGCUUGCAACUGACCAUGGGGUAUGCGAUUAUGCUGGUUGUGAUGAUUUAUUCGAUUCCUCUGUUCCUUUCUGUGGUUGUGGGGAUUGUUGGUGGUCAUGUUGUCUUCAGUGCACCGGAUGCACUGAUCCAAACAAGCACAAAAAAGGGGUCUGGUCACCGUACCGAAAGGAUGCAUGUUGAUUACAAAAGGAGUGAACGGAAAGAAGCAAGCACAAGAAUGUACAUGAGCGAAGCAAGUCAAAGAGCGUGCAAUACCAUGGCAGAGCCUACUGGGGACGGAAGUUGCACCUUCCACAGUGCCGUUGACCACAAAGAGUUCGAGUAUACAUCCACUGUGAGGUCGUCUCCUUGCACCCAACCAACCAAUAGCUCUCCGGGGCCCAGCAGCGAUGUCAGCUGCUUUGAUGACGAGGUACCAGAAGGAAGCACUCCUUGUUGCCAAAAUGAACUCUAGACGUACGGUAGCUUCGGGUUGAUUGUUCCACAACGGAGCCAAACAAUCAACGCAGGAGCUGUGUGUCUGUCUAUGAAUCUAAUAGCUAGACGCAGAGUCUGUGAUAAGGCUCAGUAUAGCCUGUAGACUUUAGUCUGGUAUGGAUGCUACAUCAACGCCAACAUUGUCCCAUCUUGUUGUGUGUGGCCCGUUCACUGGCUGUUGUGGUUUCAUCGCUUGGCGCGGGAGUCGUGUCGAUUGCGGGGCAAAGCACGCAGUCGUCAAUCCCGACCGCUUGGAAUUCUGUUGCUGUUUCCUUACUAGCUCAUCGCUUCAUUUUUUCUUCAUGAUCAUGACCAAUACACCGAAAGAAUCCGGCUGAACAGGGAAAUGAUCCACUUUGCAUCUCGCCGUGCCCAGCCGGAGUCCCUCAAAGCUAGACUUAUAUCUUGGGACGCAGCUUGAUGUUCCUACGAAGACUGAAGCUUGCCCCGGCCUUCGAACAGGGAGCAAGGUGCAAAAGCAAGCGAGGCAAGUACAACGCAAGGGCAGUUCACGACAACGAACGUCGGCUGCCACUCGAAGUACGUAGCUUUGCCAAUUCUUCUUCGAUGUUGGUGUACAGUAUUCAGCAAUGCAGCGAUUUCAAGCACCCGGCCAACAGAGGAUAAACUGACGAGCGAGGCAUUUGCGCGUCUCGAAGCCUACCAUAGUAUUAAUAGCCAAGCCCACGAGUGUUGUGAAUUCAUGCAUUGUCUGAAUUAUGUCCCAGCAUGCAGCAUGAACACCAUAUCAGUCCUCGGGACAUUUUAAGAUGUUUCAGAGGCAGUUUUCCGUUACAAUCAACAAUAAAC